AUGCAAGGUCUCGAUAUGCAAAAUGAUGGAGAGUUUCAGAGUGAUGUAUCUGUACUUCUUGCUGCUAUGCUUUAUAAAACCGCUCACUUCACAAGACAGCAUCACUCCCGGAAACUUGAUUAGAGAGGGCGAGACUUUAGUUUCCUCAAAUGGGGAUUUUGAAUUUGGAUUCUUCCGCCCUGGGUCUGCAAACGCCCGGUAUUUAGGGAUAUGUUAUAAGAAGUCUCCGUCUACAAUCUUCUGGGUGGCCAACCGAGACAAACCUCUCAACAACGAUAGGGGUAAGGGUGUCUUACGGUUAAAUGAUCGAGGAGUUCUCCUCCUUCUUGAUGCCACAAACAACAACACCGUGUGGUACUCCAAUCAUUCAUCAAUCAGAGCAUAUAAUACUUUUGCUCAACUCUUGGAUUCGGGAAAUCUCGUGGUGAAAAAUGGAUAUGGUGGUGGUGACAGUGGUGACUUUGACCAACUCUUAUGGCAGAGUUUUGACCACCCUUGUGACACCUUAAUGCCGGGAAUGAAGCUUGGGUGGGAUGAAGAAACGGGUUUGGAUAAAUUUCUGUCAUCUUGGAAAAGUUCAGAUGAUCCAGGUCAGGGAGACUACGUAAUGAAACUAGACCGUAGAGGGUACCCACAAAUCUUUCAACUGAGUGGUUCCAAGGUGAUAGUUAGAGCAGGGUCAUGGAAUGGCGUCUCUUUCACGGGAUAUUCAAAACAUAGUCCGGAUCCAGUUGAAAAACUGGACUUUGUGUUGAAUGAAAAAGAGGCAUAUUACAAGAGUAGUCUUAUAAAUAAUUCAAUUUUCUCUAGAUAUAUAAUGACCCCUUCAGGCAUAGGGCAGCGUUUUGAUUGGGUAAUUCAAACAAGCAGCUGGCGGGUGAUGAACACUGCUCUUCCUGACUCGUGUGACAAUUAUGCCUUAUGUGGUGCAAAUUCUAUCUGCGACAUCAAUAGCAAUCCUGUUUGCAAAUGCCUGAGAGGGUAUGAACCCAAGAAUUUUAAGGAAUGGAAUGGGUCUGAUUGGAACAGUGGCUGCACUAAAAGGGUUUCUUUGAAUUGUGAUGCUAGCGAUGGAUUUAAGCAGUAUACAGGCGUUAAGCUGCCAGACACGUCAUCUUCAUGGUAUAACAUGACCAUGGCCCUUGAGGAAUGCAAGAGAACAUGUCUGCAAAACUGUUCUUGUACAGCAUAUGCAAGUUUGGAUGUUCGAGGUGAAGGAAGUGGCUGCUUGAUAUGGCUUGAUCAACUAGUUGACAUGAGACAAUUUCUUGACGGUGGACAAGACCUCUAUGUACGAGUUCCUGCUUCAGAGCUAGAUCAUUUUCGGGAUGAAGGCCAUGGAAGCAUUGGCAAGAAGGAGAUAGCGGCAAUUGUGGUUGGCUGUGCAAUAUUCGUAUCAAGUUUUAUGAUUUUUGGAUUGACUUUAAUUGCAAGGAAAAGGAGACUUCAAGAUUCGGGUAAAUGCUUAACUUUUCAAAUGAAUAUGUUUUGUCACUGUUCUAAAACUCUGAAUAUUGUCAUGAUCAACAACAAUCUAGUGGAGGAGGGCAUGGAUCUUCCAACAUUUGAUUUGUCAGUCAUAAUGAAGGCCACUGAUAAUUUUUCUACCGUUAACAAAUUGGGUGAAGGUGGCUUUGGGCCUGUAUACAAGGGUAUUCUAGAAGAUGGCCAAGAAUUAGCUGUGAAAAGGUUGUCCACAAAAUCUGAUCAGGGGUUGGAAGAGUUGAAAAAUGAAGUUCUAUUGAUAGCAAAACUUCAACACCGUAAUCUUGUGAAGCUUCUUGGUUGCUGCAUUGAAGGAGAAGAAAAGUUGCUGAUUUACGAGUAUAUGCCAAACAAGAGCUUGGAUCACUUUAUUUUUGAUGAAAGUUGUAGCAACUUGUUGGACUGGCUUAAGCGUUGGCAUAUCAUUCAUGGCAUUGCUCGAGGACUUGUAUAUCUUCAUAUAGAUUCCAGAUUAAGAAUUAUUCAUAGAGAUUUUAAAACCAGCAAUAUUCUUCUAGAUGCUUACAUGAAUCCAAAAAUAUCUGACUUUGGCCUUGCUCGCAUAUUUUGGGAUGAUCAAGUGGUCGCCAAUACUAACAAAGUUGUUGGAACAUAUGGAUAUAUGCCUCCUGAAUAUGCUGUGCGUGGACAAUUUUCAAUGAAAUCAGAUGUCUUUAGCUUUGGUGUAAUAGUACUAGAAAUUAUUAGUGGAAAGAAGAAUAGAGAGUUUUCUCACCCUUAUCUCAAUCUUCUUGGACAUGCAUGGAGACUGUGGAUCCAAGGAAGACCAUUGGAGCUACUGGAUGAAUGUUUAAAGGAAAGUUGUAGUCAAUUUGAAGUCGUAAGAUGUGUACAGGUAGGACUAUUAUGUGUGCAACAAAGAGCUGAAGAUAGGCCAGAUAUGUCAACUGUAAUUCUUAUGUUAAAUGGUGAGAAAUUGUUGCCACAACCAAAAGUUCCUGGUUUUUACACUGCAAGUGAUGUCCUCGUUGGUUCAAGUUCAUUACACCAAAUAUUCACACAGUUCUCACAAAAUGAAAUUUCUCAAAUGCUAGACGGAAGGGCUGGGCAGGGCAUGCCCUCUGCCCUCUGCCCAGCCCGAAAAAUGAGCGGGCUGCAUUUUGCGGCCCGCUGCCCUGCCCUGCCCAUAGAAGCCCUAACCAUUUUCGGACUGGGUGGCUUUGGACCAGUAUACAAGGGUAUUCUACAAGAUGGGCAAGAGCUAGCUGUAAAAAGGCUAUCAACAAAAUCUGGUCAAGGGCUAGAAGAGUUGAAAAAUGAAGUCGUGUUAAUAGCAAAACUUCAGCACCGUAAUCUUGUGAAGCUUCUUGGUUGUUGCAUUGAGGGGAAAGAGAAAUUGUUGAUUUAUGAAUAUAUGCCAAACAAGAGCUUAGACCACUUUAUUUUUGAUGAAGUUCGUAGCAAGUUGCUGGAUUGGCUUAAGCGUUGGCAUAUUAUUCAUGGAAUUGCUCGAGGACUUGUCUAUCUUCAUAUAGAUUCCAGAUUAAGAAUUAUUCAUAGAGACCUUAAAACUAGCAAUAUUUUGCUAGAUACUUCUAUGAAUCCAAAAAUAUCUGACUUUGGCCUAGCUCGCACAUUUUGGGAUGAUCAGGUUGAGGCCAACACUAACAAAAUUGUUGGAACAUAGCAUGGAGACUGUGGAUCCAAGGAAGAACAUUGGAGCUAUUGGAUGAAUGUCUAAAGGAAAAUUGCAUUGAAUGUGAAGUCAUAAGAUGUAUACAAGUAGGACUAUUAUGUGUGCAACAAAGAGCUGAAGAUAGGCCUGAUAUGUCAGUUGUAGUUCUAAUGUUAAAUGGUGAGAAAUUGUUGCCACAGCCAAAAGCCCCUGGUUUUUACACUACGAGUGAUGUUUCUCCUGAUCCAACUUCUUUUGACCAAAGAUGUACGCAAUUCUCACAAAACGAAAUUUCUCAAAGCAUGCUGGGGGGAAGAUGAUUCAGAGAAUGGCACAAGAAAUUCCAUCCAGCUUCAAUGUUCUUACCGCUUGUUGGAAUACCUGUUAUAUGGAUUUUUAUUUUUUUAAGUAUUAGAGA